AUGUCCUGCACCAUUCUGUUUCCAUUGCUCCUUCUCCUAUUCACCUCUGCCACUUUGUCUGAGGUCCAGCAGAAAGAGAAAGAAGUGCAGGCUAAGAAGACAGAGCAUUUGACCAUAGAGGAAAGCAGUGCUCUUUUGGCCUCUGAAUAUAAAGUGGCAUUUGCUGCCUCACUUGGACCCGGGGGUAACGUCGGACCUUUCACCACUGAUAUAACUCUAGUUUACAAAGAAGUCUUUGUGAAUGAAGGAAGAGCUUACAACAGUGCUACUGGUAUCUUCACAGCACCUGUUAAUGGCGUCUAUUACUUCGCUUUCUCUGGACAUAACUAUUCAUCUAAACCUAUGGGUCUAAGCCUCUAUAAAAAUGGAAAACUGAUGAUAACUGUUUACAAUCAUCCUCAAGGUGCCCGCUAUGAAACAGCAUCAAAUUCAAUCUCUUUGACUCUAGAGAAAGGAGAUCAAGUCUACAUGCGUCUGUAUGCAAAUACAUGGGUCGUAGAUAGUGAAAAUGACCACACUACAUUUACUGGCCAUUUACUUUUUUUCUCUUUGAAGGCCCUGUUAAAUUCAUGA